AUGGCACCCCUCAAUGCUGCUUCGCAGGAAGCUAUCGAUCGAUUACGCGGUUAUACGCCCCCGCCAACGGCGUAUGGAGAGGUCCCGCUGUCCAGGCGGGCUGCGGUGUUGAUUCUGCUGUAUGCCGAUCUCCAGGGCGACCUUAGAGUCGUGAUUACGAUUCGGGCCAAGACAUUGAGUUCGUACGCAGGAGAAGCUGCUUUGCCAGGAGCCACUAUCUCACCACCAGGCAAAGCAGACACCCUAUCAGAAGCAGCCUUCCAAACCGCGCGCCGCGAAGCCUGUGAAGAAAUCGGGCUACCCGAUAUCGCCCAGCCACUGCCGCCACCCUUCUCGGUCGAGCAUCUCUGCGAGUUACCGGCGAACCUGGCCAAAACGGAGCUGGUGGUGCGGCCGUGCGUUGCGCUGCUGCACUCGUUUGACCCGGCUACGGGGGCCAAUGCGGAUCCGGAGACUGAGUUGAUUCCUCGACUGGAUGCGCGCGAGGUUGCGGCCGUGUUUACGGCGCGGUUUGAUGAUUUUUUGAGAUUGGGGAAUUCGGAGGGGGAGGGGGAAGGGGAUUGGUAUCGGGGGUCUUGGAGUUUGUGGCAUAAUAGUAAUUGGAGGAGUAAGUCAAGAUUUCCAUUUUCUAUUGUUUCUUUCUCUUUUUGUCCCAUGCUGGUGUUUUCGGGGCUCUUCCCUUUUGAUUCCGUUGGACAGCAAAGCGAGGAAACAAACCAAGUCGGGAUGGGGACUCCUCCCUCGGGAAUAGUGCACCAAUUCUUUGUCCGCAGCGCCAACCACGCCAUCAAGCCUCGCAGUACGGGUAACAAGGCCCAAAACGCCGCCGUGGACAGACUGACCCAACAAGAAGAAUCAGGCCAAGUCCAGCAUUACCGCGUGUUUGGAAUGACGGCACGGAUUAUCGUGGACGCGGCUCGGGUCGCGUUCGCGCGGGAGCCGGAAUUCGAGCAUAACAGCCAUUUCGGGGACGAGGAGAUGAUUGCCAAGUUGAGGCGAUUGGGCCGGUUGAGUGAGGUUCGUCGGCCGGGGGAUGAAUUGACGAGGGAGACGAUGGAGAGGGCGGCCAAAUUGAGUUAG